GACGGCUUCACGGCAUAAUCCCAAGCAAAAGUGUCCUGGAGAUUGGUAUAUAAGAUAUCGUAAAUGCCCAAAUCCCUCGGUGGCACCGCGCAGCUUCGCGCCAACGAUAUACCUCCCAUCAACAUCACACACCACGUCUCCCACAGCGACCCGUCCAUACCUCUCGUUAGCGUCUUCUCGCCGGCUACAUGGCGCCGCCCGAUGAACUCACUAUUUGGCUCGCGGCAUCACGCACCGCGUCCCCGCCCCUUGCUCCAGGUGUACUACACGGCUCCCGAUGCUGGCGACCCCGCACGUCUGGAAGCGGCUGCCCGGACUUUAGAGACGAGCAUUCUUGCUGAGCGCCAUCAGGGCAGAGACCCCAUCGAGUGUGAUCGAUUGGACGUGUAUGGGAUGCCGUUCCUGGAGCCGGAGGGAGAAGUGGUGGCUGCUUGCGUGGGGCACCAAAGACGGGAGAUUGCUUCCCGGGUCGACGGUAAGGACUGGUAUAUCCAACGACAUGACCUCGGGGGCUGUGGUUGGCGGAGGGCGUUGAUUAUCGCGAGGAAAGGACAAGAGGAGUGGGUGGUGGAGGAUGGGGCGAGGCGAGAGGUUGGUCUAGGUGUAGUGUUCUUUGAUGUGGUUAGUCGGGAGGGACGAGAUAUUAGGAGAGACGUCUGGGAGCGGAGGGCAGAAAGCGUGGAGGAGGAAGAAGUCUUGAUUGGGGAACUCAAGGCGGAACUGAAUUGGCAGCAUAGUGCCUCGCAGCUCUCAUCCCUCGAACUUAGUGGUGUCUGUUUCCUCUCGAGGGUUUAGUGCUUGUCUAUCCCGACCCCAUCGAAUGCCGUGUUGCUCUUAGACUUGGCGUGGUAUGAGAAUGAGAUGGGAAUGUGGCAUAGACUGUAAUGUCCCUCUACCGUCUGCUAUUCGAGAGAUGACAAAUGACACCUCAGAAGGAAGCUAUGGAAGGACAUCUAGAUGUUGGGUAGUCCGAGGAGUAUGACGCAUUCUCAUUGAAUAGAUUCUACCCUCACUUUGAUAAGGGGAUGGGAAGGGGUGAGAAGGAUAUUGACACUGAAAAAUGGCGGGUUUCUAGAUAUAUGAUGAGAAAGCUUUAUGGACAUUGGCC